CUUCCCCUCUCCCUGUCCAUUGAGACUUCCUCACUCCUUUUUAGAGAUGUGCGCAUGCUGAGCCGCUUGGGUUCGCUCUUGGCCUUUGCCAUGGUCAAAGAGGGACUGCACCUUCGAGGCAAGCCGGCUGCAUGCCCUCGGCGGAGUCAAGCCGUCGUUGAAGUUUCCAGUGGCGAAUCAGAUGAGGUUGCAGCCGAUCAGCAAGGUGAGGAUGGUGGCUUCUGUUGCUACCUGCUUGCUUCCGUGACUCGGCGCCGGGCAUAUACGGGAAUCACUACAGAUCUUUCGAGGAGAUUGAGACAGCACAAUGGUGAACUCCGUGGAGGUGCAAAAGCUACCAGAGCUGGAGGCCCAUGGCAGGUCGUUUGUGUCGUUCAGGGCUUUCCAAGCAAGGUGGAUGCAUGCCAAUUUGAGUGGCGUGCAAAGCGCCAGAUUGCAGUGCAGUCCAAGAAACUCAUCCCAAUGCAGGGUGGCUUGGAGCGCCGUUGCGCUAACCUGCUCCGGGUGCUGUGCUUGGACCGAUGGACGAAAGAAAGUCGUCCUGCUGCGGAGAUGCCUCUGCAGGUGACAUGGUUCGGCGGAGCCCCAUGGCAGAGUACUGCUGAACUGCCUACAUACAUCACUAUUAAGUGUGUGGAGGGCAACUUCGAAGCAAAGCGCCCCAAGCGACAGCGCGAGGACUCAAAGGAGUUCUCUGAGAAAAGCUUAUUGCCUGCGCAGCUUGCACGUGGGUUUUCAAUGAUUUGGGAGCUUUUGCACAUAGCAAAGAUGUGCGACAGGCAGAGCAGUUUUUUGAGUAAUUUGAUUCUAAUUAAAUUCUGGUAG